GGGACAGCGCGAUGAAUGAGAUUAGUUUGGUAGCUGAGAAGUUCUACGACGUUUUGGACGAGCAGUUGCUUGAAAAUAUGAGAGAUGAAAAAUUGAAAGUUGGAACACCGACUGAUGAUACUAUUGUCAGUAGAAAGCAGUCUGCAAGCGAUCUACAAAGUCGUCUCAAGACAAGGAAGCUGCUUGGUGUCGGAGAAUUGGCUGGUGACAAUGGAGAAGUCUACAAAUCAAAAAUUUCCCAACUACUGGGUAUAAACGAGUCACUGUAUGUUCGUCUGCCACGAGGAAUGUUUGUAUGGAACACCUUGAACUCGCUGUAUUUUCUCCUGAUUGGUACAAUUUGCCUAGUCCUACCCCGUCUUGGCAUAUACCUGGAUCACGGAAUUGAACAAAUUCCGCCGGAAGCCCUAGUCAUUGUUCGCUACUAUGGCGUCACUCUAGUUUCAUUCGGAAUUCUCUUCAAGUUUAUAUUGCAACAACGAGAAACGCGCGCUGAUAUUGCACUUCUUUUGCUCGUCACUGCGGUUUUUCAUAUAAUUGUACUUAUAGUAUCAACGGCCUCUCAUGGAUUAGUGGCAUGGUGGUCAGGCACUCUUCGUCUGUUGCUCAUUCUGGGCAACAUCUUCUAUCACGCAUUUGUUGAUGGGCAAGGAGGCCUCCAUCGCCAGUUGAUCCGUGUCAUUGAAGACUCUUCGUUCUUGUUUGCUUCGCCAGUUCAGGAAAAAAAGUCGAUUGUCGGGGUAGUCGAAGACUUGGUCGAUAACUUUGACGCCAAAAAAACGGAAUAAAAUGUUUUUAUUUUUUGUUGUAAUAUAUCCCUCAAACGUGACAAUUUUGUAGUUCAAUUCCUUGGCUUAGGAAAAUUAUCUUUUCAAUUAUAAUAGUAAAAGUACAAAUCACGUUCGAAAUUCAAUAAUGGGAAUGUAUUACACAACUCGGCAGUUUGUUUUGUACAUUUUAAAAAGGUUUUAGUAAAUUUGCAAACAAUUUUUGUUUCAAAUGUUUAUCUUUUCGGUUGGUGUGAUUAAAAAACUAAUUAGACAAAAAAUUACUAAAAAAAGAAAUUCUUAACACUUAGACACUAAACCCUAAAUUACCAAAAUAAGAGCUUAGAUUGUCCUGUUAUUUUCGUAAAAAAUACUUUGAAAGCCAAAAAUAAGCUCCCCCCACAGCUUGGUUUUUCAUUUUGCACUGCACUUACCAACAUAUCUUUCAAUUAUCUUUGUCAUUUAUAGAUUUGAUUGAGUGACGCAUUAAAAUUUUACCAGGACGUGCAAUAAACGUAGAAAGCAAAUUGCCGAGUAACCAGUACCAAAAUAUCUCCAGUCCUCGCCAUUUUCUUCACUCUUCCCAGUUUCUCUUGUUUUUUUUCAACUUUUCCACAUUCCUGUCUACUUUGCCGGCAAACGAUUGUAUGUAUCACAUUCAACAGUAUCACUCCGCUCACGGAAAAUAAAUGAUUAUGCUAA